ACAUGAUGCGUGAGAGUAGCAAGAACGGAGAUCUCCGGCUGUAUCAUGCCUUGAAUUUCCCGCGAUUCCGGCGGAUCACACGAUGUCUGUGGCUUCUUUUCUUUUCUUUAUGCAUGGGACGCGUGCCUGAGUUUUCUCGCAUCUUACUUCCCUUCCAUUGGCGGUGGUCUCCGUCUCCGCGGGCGAGCAAUCAGCAAAGGAAAACCGCGUGUCUCAAACACCACUUUGGGGCUCAAAGCUCUUUCCACCGUCCCUCCGGUCGCUCCCACCCCCACCAACUGCUCCGUCCCUCCCGUCGCUCCCACCCCCACCAACCGCUCUCCUCCCCACUCCCACUCCCACUCCCGAUCUAGAUGUACAGCACGUACAUCACACAUCGACCGCCGGCCUCCCCUGCAAUUCCCCUCACCUGUCUUCCCCAUUUUCCAGAUGCAGACCGUGAACUGCCACUACCAGGACCAACGCGUCCUCGGCGACGAGAGGAGGAGAGGAGGGAGCGUCCUCGCCCUCCCAGGACGAGAGGAGGAGAGGAGGGAGCGUCCUCGCCCUCCCAGGACGAGAGGAGGAGAGGAGGGAGCGUCCUCGCCCUCCCAGGACGAGAGGAGGAGAGGAGGGAGCGUCCUCGCCCUCCCAGGACGAGUGGAGGAGAGGAGGGAGCGUCCUCGCCCUCCCAGGACGAGUGGAGGAGAGGAGGGAGCGUCCUCGCCCUCCCAGGACGAGUGGAGGAGAGGAGGGAGCAGGGUCCGUCGGCGACCUAACCAUCCUCUCCUGCAUCUCGCCGGAACCCUCGGUCCCCAGCACUCUUUUCUGUCCCCACCGAGUCUAAAUUGGAUCGAGGAUUCAGGUACGACAGCACGAGUGCUCCGGGGCGUUGCUACCACCGCCGUCGCUGCGUGGAUUCCGUCGCGGACAUCUGAACUCGCCUCGCUGUCGCUUGGAGUGUCCGCUGCCGCCGCCGCCGCCGCCUGUUGACCGUCCCAAUUCCCAGUCUCUGCUAUCUUUCGGCUGGUGUCUGGUCCUCCGGCUCGCUGGUUUGCUGCGGGCUGAUUAUGUGCGUGCGUGAUGGCUGUUUGCGUGCUUGCUGCGGCGUUCGUGCUUGGUGUGGGCGUGCGUGCGUUCGUGCUUGGACUGCGUAUUUGCUAGCUGCUGCUGGGCACUGGGUGCUGGCCUCUGUUGUAUCAACUCUGAUUUGUUGCUGACCUGCUGAUGUUGCGGCUAGUGCUUGGGAGUGAAGUACUGACAUUGACACGUGCAGGCCAAUCUUCAGUUGAGAGAAUGGGAAGCAUCAGUCAUGUAUCAUUGGGUAAGCAAGCUACAUGACAACAUCUUUACUGUUUUUUAGCUUUUCAUGCUGAAGUGUUAUGUAUCUUUCAAAUUUAAAUACUAGCAUAUGAUGUAUUUUGCAAGUAACAUGAAGAUUCACCAAAUUGUUGAUCA